CUUUACAUGUCUUACCAAAUUAAAAAGGCGAGAAAGGAAGGCUCCGCUCCAGAUUUCUCUCUCGCUCGGUGGGCCAGUUUCUGGCCUCUUGCGCUGACGUCAAGGGAGGAAUGCGGUGACGCAGCGCAGACCCUCUGUGACGACAGCAGCGAAGGCCGGGCUCGGGGUUCGAUUACGUCACUGGGCGCGCAUUACCCCGCCUCCACUGCCCAUGGCCGCGUCGGGGUUGGGUGGACGCGGGAGGCCGGGGCGGGGUUCGAUCCCAGCUCCCACCCGCUGGGGCGACAUCCUCCUCCACCCAAGCCGGCCAGACAGCGCGGCCGCCGCGCCCUCUGCCGCCUCCCCGUCCCCUCCAGCCGGAAAAGGUCACCGCUGCCUGGGUGAUCGCGGCUAUCUCUGCCCUGCAGGCGGUGCGGCCGCCCUGGGAAAGGUCUCUGCAAGGCGGGGGACUUCAUUAGCGGCUUCAACCGCGGUAGAUAAGCAAAGGUCAGCUCCCGGCCCAGCCCAGGGAGCUCGGUCCGCCCAGGAGAGCUCACCACAGUCCCCGCCACACACACACCUCCCACACAUACGCUCCUCCGUGCCUCAGUUUCCUCAAGUGACUGUCCGGGUGCUGCAGGACGAGAAGAGACAGAAACAGAGCCCGGACUAGGGAUGGAGACCUUCUCGCCUUUCUGUCGAUGAUGACAAUGAGCUGGGCCACGUCACCCUGUCCCUAGCGAAAGGUUAUCACUUCAUUGGGGACAUGAGAAAGGUCGGGUUGCUGAGGCCGUGCCUGUCUCCCCUCUGCUGGAGAAGAUAAGGGAGGCACUCAGCUUUCUUCAGGCAGAGUGUGGGGGAGCCACGAUGUAUAAAUGGGGGGCCAAGAGGCAGCGGAGACACUGGCCCACUCGCACGUCCAAGGCAUCUCUGUCCAGCAUGGCCAGGUACACGCUGCUGCUGCUCCUGGCGGCGUGGGUGCUGACGGGGGAGCUGUGGCCGGGGACUGAAGCCCGGGCAGCGCCUUACGGAGUGAAGCUUUGCGGGCGAGAAUUCAUCCGAGCAGUCAUCUUCACCUGCGGGGGAUCCCGGUGGAGACGAUCGGACAUCCUGGUCCACGAGACUAUGGGAGAUACCUUCCCGGAGGCAGAUGCUGAUGGAGACAGUCUGGCAGGCCAGCUGGAUGAGGCCAUGGGGUCCAGCAAGUGGCUGGCCCUGACCAAGUCACCCCAGGCCUUUUAUGGGGGGCGACCCAGCUGGCAAGGAACCCCCCAGACUCUUCGGGGCAGCCGAGAUGUCCUGGCUGGCCUUUCCAGCAGCUGCUGCAAAUGGGGGUGUAGCAAAAGUGAAAUCAGUAGCCUUUGCUAGUUCGAGGGCUAGGCAGCUGUGGGCACCAGUACCAAUGCCCCAGUCCUGCCAUCCACUUAACCAGUGUCUGGCUGGGCACCUGUCUUUCGAGCCUCACAUAUUCAUUCAUUCGUCUGCAAGUCACAGAGUCCAGGCACUGUGGGCUCAGGCACAGUCCCCUGACACCACCUAACCAACCCUGCCUUUUGACCAGCCUAUCAUGACCCUGUCCCCUGAGCAAGCUGUGCCCCUGCCUGGACAAGUGGGGACCCCUGAUCCUGACCUCUGACCUCUCCCCAACCCUAUCUAUGCGUUUGCCUGUGACUGCACUGCCACAACUGGGUCCCUAUUCUACCCAGACAGGCCACACAGUGACCCCUGCCCCCUGCCCAGUCCAAACUGUGGCCAGCUCAAAUUAAGCCUCUGUCUUAGUCCAGCCUUUGCACGCAAGCUUCCUUUUCCCUGCUUUCCAUCCCCUCUCCUCCAACUCCCCUGACAAAGUUCCAAGGCUGUGGACCCCAGAGAAGGUGGCAGGUGGCCCCCGUAGGAGAGCUCUGGGCACAUUAGAAUCUUCCCAAACUCCAAUAAUAAAAAUUCCAAGACUGGCAGACA